GAUCACUCGAAUGCUUCUUCACGAACCAGAAAUGGCCAUCAUCUAACGCACAACAAUGAAGUAGCUAGGAAUAUCUCGAUACGACGGUGCCCCACGAGAAACCUUCCACAAUCACCAUGGACCCUGUUACUGCCAUUGGCCUGGCGUCGUCCAUCCUCACAUUUAUCGACGUCGGUGUCAAAGUGCUCCAGAAAGCCAACGAAAUCCGCAAUUCCCAGGAUAGUAGCACGAAGGAGAACAGAUCCCGAAGGACUAUCAGCGAUGAGCUCGAGUUUGCCGCCGCAAGGAUGAAGCCACUGGAUGAUAUUCGAGUUUCACCAGAGCAAGAGUCUCUAUGCAAGGUCGCUAGGGAAUGCCAGGUGCUAUCCAAGAAAAUGCUGAAAAUCUUGGAGAGCAUCAAGCCAAGAAAGUCUCAUUUCAUCUCAACACUUAUUGUGGCAGCGAAGGUCAUGCGCAAGCAGGACGAUCUCGAAGCACUUGACAAGGAAUUAAGGGAUUGUCGUGGUCGGUUGACAUUGAGCCUCGUGGAGCUCUUUAGGCAAGAGUCUACAAAAUUCUUUGAACAGAUUCUCUCCUUGGUGCAGAAAGAUGCGGCUAAAUUUGACCAGCUGCAGACGAGCAUAGGACUAUUGCGUGAGGGAGUUCAUACUGAAGUCUUGGAUCAGAAAGCAAGUGCGCAAUUCCAGCGCCUCAUGGGCCUGGAUGAAGAAGCCCUACACAAGUUUCGGGAGGAUCGAAUUCUGCACGGUCUGCAAUUUGACACAGGGGGCAAUCGAUUCGACCAGGUUGAGCAGCCUCAUCCGGACACCUUCAACUGGAUUUUCGAGGAAGGUGGUAGACUGUUAGACGACAGCAAUAAGGCUCGUCCCGAGGUUGGAGAGCAACGCAAAUUGGACAUGCAACGGGAGUCCAGGGAGAAGUUCCUUGGCUGGCUCGCCUCACCCGGCGCCAUCUUCCAUAUUCGUGGCAAGUUGGGAUCGGGAAAGUCAACACUAAUGAAGUUUCUCUCCUCUCACCUGCGUACGAGGGUUGAAGCCAAGAAAUGGGCUGGAGAUAAACAACUCGUCAUUGCCAAUUUUUUCUUUUGGAGACCCGGCUUAGACUUGCAAAAGUCUAUAAAGGGCCUGAGUCGCUCCCUCCUCCAUGAUCUCCUCGAGCAACGUCGUGAUCUGAUACCUGAAGCGAUGCCUGACACGUGGGACGGGGUAUCACAGACUGCAUGGCAAACAGAGUCUAAUAUCAAUAUCUCGCCUGAUUUGAUCAAAGAAGCACUUGGGAGAGUCAUGCGCGACAAACGGCUCUACGAAAAACACCGUUUCUGCUACUUCAUUGAUGGUUUGGAUGAACAUGAAAAUACCAACCACGCAGACUACCAGGACCUCGUUAAGUUCCUUGGCGAUUUCUCUGACGCUUCCGAGGGUAACCUGAAACUUUGUCUCUCAAGCAGGGAGGAGAAUGUCUUCAUGACUGCGUACUCGGAACACCCAAGUCUUCAACUGCACCAGCUAACGCAGUUCGACAUGCGAGACUUUGUAUUGGGCCGACUUCAAUGUCUCCAGAACAACGAACUAAGGCUUCGGCUAGCAAAAAUCAUUCCAGAGAAAGCAGAAGGUAUAUUCUUCUGGACUAGCCUUGUGGUUAGAAUCAUUCGGGACAAGCACGCAGACGGGAAAAGUGACGAGGACUUGGAACACCACCUUGAAACUCUCCCUUUAGGCCUAAAAGAGCUCUUUGUGCAUAUACUGCACCGCUUAGAUGAUGAAAGCAGGAGAAAAACUUACGAAGUUGUGGCUUUGCUGGACACAGCCAAAAGCUCCGGGGAAUGGGAUGUGGACUAUCCGACCCGUAUGGUAUACUUGACCUUGCUCGCAUUCUCGUUCCUAGAUGAGUACCACAAAGACAAAGAAUUCUCCAUGCGAAAGAACUUUCUAGCCUUCAAGAAAGACGGAGGCCGGACAAAAGCAAAGACUCUUCGGCAGCUUCGCGGUGCCUGCGGAGGACUCAUUGAAUGUCAUGAGCACGACGAUUCGAAACAUGAUUGGGGAAUCCUUGGAUACGCUCACCGAUCUGUCCCAGAAAUGUUUCAAGAAGAAUCUGCCAAACUAGGCAUGGGGAAAUUGUUGAAGGGCUUUAAUUCUAUGGACGCCUUAUCCCACCUCAUCUUUGCACAGGUCCAGUUCACCAGCGACUCAGACGAAAGAAGCCGGAGUAUUUGCGCAGGCUUGGUUACAAAAAGACUGGUGAGGAAGGUCGACAAGCCACCCUACCACUUUCUGGAGUGCAUGAGCUCCUGGAUCGAAGAUUCCGGCUUUGAACACCCAGGUCCAGGUCGUAAAAUCUGUGUAUUAUCGGCACUGAAUGUUUCGAUAUCAGUAGGAUACACUCUUCCCUUGAACCCAGGGUUUCAAAGACGACAUUUUGUUUACAGCACUCUCUGCGUUGCUGCGUUCUGUGGCGUCGAAGAAUACACCGAAUGGAAAAUUCGGAAUGAUCCAACUGCCGUUGAUAGCCCCUUCAAGCACGCCUUGGUCGCCCAUUGCAUGUUGAUUCAUCCCUACCGCAACCCUAAUCGUCGGUUUUGGGAACAUUCUUUUGAGAGUGGAUUCUUUACGAAAGAUAUUCCCACUAACUUUGGGCCAAUUUUUUUCUUGAAUCAACCACAGUCCAUCGACGGAGACCAACUGACAGUCUGGCAGAGGUACCAAGCAUCGACCUUCGCAGACCCCAGACGGUGCUCCAAGGCCAUUGAACAGUUUAUGGAGUGCGGGGUUGAUACUUCUUCUACUUUUACUAUCAAGACUGGAGACCAGGGGGAGACCCGCUGGGAACUGCGAUCCAAGGAUGCAACAAUCAGAGCCAGCUACGAGAAGGAGGUAUUUGAACGAAUGCCAUUACACACUUUCCAGGAAAUGCACCAAGCGGGCUUUCAUAGCAGGCACUCUGAAGGCGAUCAGGUUUAUUCGUUUCGAGAUUGGGUCGAGACGAUGGAGUUGAAGAAUAAGGAACGUGUUUUGGACUUGAUAGAUCGAAAAGGGGAUGAGGCAAGUCAAGCAGACGGCGCCGCCCUCAAGUCACUGGAGGACAAGAGCGAGCACAGCGCAAACCAGGUUGGAUCCGAAGUCCAACCUUGCGAUGAUGCAACGGAGAAUGAGGAUCAGUAUGCAGACGGAAGCCACGGGUCAAAGGGAACAGAACUCUUCAGAACGGUUCAUGUCGUUACUAUGAUCUUACUUGGAAUUGCAAUCGGUCUGGUAUUUUCUUCUGCUUGGAUGAGACUGAAUGGAGAAGGGAGGGACAGUGUAACGGACUAA